CUCAGUGAAUAUUCAGACUUCUAAUGCUUUGUAGCUGAUUGUCGUCGUUUAGUAUAAUACAAAAAUUUUAUUUGUUAAAUUCUCAUGCUCAUUGUUUAGCACAGCGUCGAAGCGAGAGUAUUCACGCUAUUUGCUAGAUAACAGCAAAAAUAUUUUGAAAAGAAAAAUGUUUGCCUUUGUACUAUUGAGUGUUUUAAUUGUCUCUGCGUCUGCAGACACUUGUUAUAAAGAAGUUCAAGAUGCUUGUAGCACUGCUCCAAAUCAAGAUGGGGCAUUAUUGAAAAAUUGUAAUGCCAAAUAUGGAUUUUUUGAAAAUAUGCAAACUGAACUUCAGGCUUAUACGAAUGCACACAUUGAAUAUAGUUUCGAAUAUUUAUUAAUGUCAACGCAUUUUGGAAAUUAUGAAGCUAAUCGAGAUGGCUUUAAGGGAUUGUAUCGUAAAUUAUCGGAUAAUGCCUGGCAAAAGGCUAUUGAUAUGAUUCAAUUUAUCACCAAACGAGGUGGAGCAAUGAAUUUUAAUCAAUUGCCACAUUUCAAAGAAACCGGAUCAGAGUCACGUGUUUUGGAAUUAAAUGAAAUCAGUAGUUUAGCAAAGGCACUUGACAAUGAAAAAAAAUUGGCCGAAGAAGCAUUGAGACUUCAUGCACAAACAAAAAAUAAUCCCAAACAAGACGCAUCGGUUGCUCAUUAUUUGGAAGAAGAAUUCAUGGAAUCGCAAGCGGAUUGUAUUAGAAAAUUGGCCGGUCACUCAAAUGAUCUUAAAAAUCUUUUACAAGAUCGUGAUGCAUCUUUAUCAAUCUUCCUCUUUGAUGAAUAUCUUCAAAAAACUCUGUAAAAUAAAUUUUUUUUCUUAUUAAGUCAAACAAUAAAUUAAUUCACUUCUUGUAAAAGUGAUGUAUUUAUUGUUAUGAAUAUUUUGUUACUCAAUAUAAUAUUAUAUAUUUAAGUUAAUUUGAUAUAUCUUAGGGGAUUUAAAAAUGACAAAUUUUAUACAUUUUUUUUUUAAAACGUAAGUAUUUCAUAUAAUGAUUAUAAAAUAUAUAUAAAAUGUAAUUGUAAAAUUAUUUUUUUUGUAAAUUAUAAUUAUAAUCUACAUAAACUAAUUGAUAAUUAGGUACAUUAUAAUUAUAAUUUAUUAUAUUUAAAGUAAUUUAUAAUUGAAAGACAAAAUAUAAUUAAAAAAAAAAAAAAUAUGAUUCAAAAAAUAUAUAUAUUUCCCCAAAAAAUAUAUCUAUUCGAGAUUUAUGGAUAUAAGUUACUUUUUUUAAACGAUCAAAUUUGAAAAAUUAUUAAAAUUAUCGUUGAUUAUAGAUAAUAUAAAUAAUAAAUGUGAUUUUCAAUAAAUU